AUGGCCGCUGGACACUGGCCCCAGGCCUGGGACUGCACCCCCGCCCCUGGGCCCAGUCUCAGCGAGGACUUUGAACCCACGGGAGAGGCCGAAGGCAAGGCAGGAGUGGAGGGAGGACGGUCUUGGCUCCAAGCCCGGGCUCUCCCGAGCAGGGGCUGCUCGGGUAAGGUGGGAUCAGGAGGCACCCUAGUGGGGUCGACGGGCAGCGAUGGAGACCCUGAGAAAGAGAGAAAGCACAUGCCCAGGCAGCCCACUCCCAAAGACGGCCAUACCCACACGAGGGCCACUCCAGGGCUGCAGGGAUCUGGGGCAAAGACCUGUGGGGACCCUGGCAGGCACAUUUCGGGAAGAGCCAGGAGCCACCGUGGCUUGUCUCCCUUGAUGGAGAGGGCCGGUGUCCACACUGCCCCCAACUCAGACCUCCCUCCUCCAGGCGACCAGAGGUCAGCAGCUUCCCAGAAGCCCCGAAGCCGGGGCAUCCUCCAUUCCCUCUUCUGCUGCGUCUGCCGGGACGAUGGGGAGGCCCUGCCGGCCCAUAGUGGGGCGCCCCUGCUUGUGGAGGAGAACGGCGCCAUCCCCAAGCAGACCCCAGUCCAGUACCUGCUCCCCGAGGCCAAGGCCCAGGAUUCGGACAAGAUCUGUGUGGUCAUCGACCUGGACGAGACCCUGGUACACAGCUCCUUCAAGCCAGUGAACAACGCCGACUUCAUCAUCCCCGUGGAGAUCGAUGGGGUGGUCCACCAGGUCUACGUGCUGAAGCGGCCUCACGUGGACGAGUUCCUGCAGCGAAUGGGCGAGCUCUUCGAGUGUGUGCUGUUCACCGCCAGCCUAGCCAAGUAUGCAGACCCAGUAGCUGACCUGCUGGACAAGUGGGGAGCCUUCCGGGCCCGGCUGUUCCGAGAGUCUUGUGUCUUCCACCGGGGCAACUACGUGAAGGACCUGAGCCGGCUGGGCCGAGACCUUCGGCGGGUGCUCAUCCUGGACAACUCACCCGCCUCCUACGUCUUCCACCCGGACAACGCCGUACCGGUGGCCUCCUGGUUUGACAACAUGAGUGACACGGAGCUCCACGACCUCCUCCCCUUCUUCGAGCAACUCAGCCGUGUGGACGACGUGUACUCAGUGCUCAGGCAGCCACGGCCAGGGAGCUAGUGAGGGUGAUGGGGCCAGGACCUGCCCCUGACUGAGGACGCCCCCACUUCCUUCCACGCAGACUCUGCCCGGGCGUGCUCUUUAAGAAAACCCAUGGGCAGCUGCCACACUCAGUGCCAUGGAGAACCGGGUGUCUCCCCUGCCAGCCCCUCCAGGCUAGGUAGGGGCAGCAGGCCGCACCGAGGACGAUGAGCCCCCGGGCCCCUGUGUCAGUGCCUUCGAACUUCUUCCCCUUUCUCAGGGGACCUGGGGAGCCCUGCCUGCCGCUCCUCCUUUCUCUCUCCUCUCUCCAUGCUGCCAGGUUUCUCUGCUGCCAAAGUGGGCCCCUUGGCCCCUUCUGGUUCUGCUUUGGGGAGCAGGGUUUCUGCUGCCCCCUGCCUUGGACCUUCCAGUCGGGAACGGUGGACACCAAGUGCCUUGCCUAGAGCCCUCUUCCCCACCCAACUCUCCCAGGGGCAAAGUCUUUUCAGCUCUAGGGUGGUAGGGGAGAACCAGUCCUCUCCCCCACCUCCUCUUCUGGGACUGAUAGAGGCCCCCACCAGUGUCUUUCUCUGCCUUGGAGGGAGGGGAGGAGAGAAGGUCUCUUACCACUGGUGAAGGGAGCAGAGGUCUAGCCUUCAGGCCCGACGGUCCUGCUUCUCCAGGGCUGAGGGCUGUUUCCCACAUCACCCAAGUCCCAGCCCCUUCCUUCUGCCUUAACCAGCCCACAGCCCAGGGGCUUGGCUCCCCCAGCUCUGAGUGUGGGGCACAGGCAGGACCCCCUUGUGGUGCCAUAUAAAUAUGUAUAUGUGUAUAUAGGUUUUUAGGGAAAGGAGAGAGGGAAAGGUCGGGGCAGAGACCCCCAUCCCUCACCCCUUUCCUGGGCCCAGAAGUUGGGGCGGGGGGGAGGAUUUUUACAUUUUUUAAACUGCUAUUUUCUGAAUGGAACAAGUUGGGUCAAGGGGCCCCAGGCCCCGUUCUCUGUCCCCCAUACCCCUUUUGCUCCAUUCAUUCAUUCAGAAUUUCUUGAGCACCUUCUGUGCCCAGCACUGUGCUAGGCCCACCAGCUAAGUGUGUGGGGGGGUCUCUGCACCCCCUAAUCGGUGCCUCCCCACCCACUCCAGACUUCACCGGUGCCUUUGGGGGAUCUAUAGGAGGUGGGACCUUCUUGUGGGGUUUGGGGGUCUCCAGGAAGCCUGGCCAAGCCGUCCCCCUCCCCCGUGCCAACCCCAUCUCCUGCAGCCCCCUGUCUCGCCCCCUGCUGGCUGGGGGCAGCUCCCAGGACGUCUGCUUUCCAAUUCUGACUCGUUUCUGAAACCCCUUCUCAUACAUGAUGAGGCUGGAGGUCAAGGCCUUGGGCUCUCCCCAGGGCCUAACGGUUAAGGGGACCCGUGUACCAGUGCCAAGGGGGAUGUCAAGUGGAGAUGCCGCCCUCCCACACCAGAGCGGGUAGGGCGGGGGAGGAAGUGAUCGGCCUGAAUGGGGUGGCCUUCCCGCUUAAGUGCCUUCUCUGAGAGCCCCGCAGCGUGAUGACUAAAGAGAAAGCCAGACCCCCA